UGUCUCUAAUAAGACUGGUGCCGAAGAAAGAAGUCAUCAUGGCGGCCGUGUUCGUUCCCUUGCGGCGCGGAAUAAGAGAACUUUCUGGGAAAACAUCGUCCGUAAGGUUUCCUUUUCACAGAUCAAGAUCAAGACAGUUUCACCCACGAGAGAGAACUCCCGGCCAGAAUGGAAGAACAUCCGGAAAAAAUGAAAAUCAGCCCGAAAUUUCAGACGACGUCAGUAAAUUACGGAUGAUUGUGCGUCCUUUGGGGUUCACAGUGCUAACAGGAGUAGUGAGCUUUGGAACAUGUUCAAUUAUAAACUAUGAACGAGUCAGAAAUUUGUAUGUGCAAGGGAAAAGGACAAACAAGCCUUCUCCUCAUUCUUCCAAGUCAUUUGACUUCCGCAAUAUGUUAAAUAAAUGGUGGAACUCUUUGCACGGAGGCUCAAAGACAGCAGCUGUGAUUAUCUUCAUAAACACAGCAGUGUUUUUGUUAUGGUAUCAACCUAGAUUACAUUUGUUCAUGUACAAGUGGUUUACAACAUCUCCAUUCUCAGGCUCAAGUCUGACAAUGCUGACAUCUAUCUUUAGUCAUAAAGAAAUCUGGCAUUUAUCUAUCAACAUGUUUGUGCUCUGGAAUUUUGCACCUCAUUUAGAAGCUCUUCUUGGCAAAGAACAGUUUAUUGCAUUUUACAUUACUGGAGGUGUUUUUGCUUCAUUCUUGAGUCAGGCAUGCAGAAUUGGUUUCACCAAUGCAUUUCGUGUAGGUGCUUCACUAGGAGCGUCAGGGGCAUUGCUUGCGUGUUUAUCGCUUGUGUGCAUCAAUGAACCAGAUUUGCGCUUGUCUAUUGUGUUUCUGCCGUUUUUUACAUUCCCUGCUGGAGUGGGCCUCCUAGCUGUAGCUGGCUUUGACUUGCUAGGAUUGUUGAUGCGUUGGAGAGUGUUUGAUCAUGCGGCACAUCUCGGUGGUGUUUUAUUUGGGGCGCUAUACCUAAAAUACGGAAGUUAUUAUAUUUGGCAGAAGCGUGGCUGGUUCGUUUCUGAGUGGCACAAGCUGCGAGAGGGAAGCAAAAGAACUUGAAUCCUGUAACAUCUG